AUGUCGUGGUACUCCAACAUCGCCUCGCGCGUAAACAACUCUGUAUCCAGCCUGCAGCGCUCCGUCUUCAACAGCGAAGCCGAUGGCGACACCGAAGACGACACGUACGUUUGCCGGGUGCUGCGCCAGCACUACACGGAGAAGGGCAUCGGCUUCCCAGGCUGGCUGCCACCAGACCCCAAGGCGCCGCCGCCCACCCCCGUCGCUGCCAACCCGGCCCUCAACUCGCGGUACGGCAACCUGCAGCCCAGUCCGAGCACCGGCGGAGGGCUCUCAUCACUGUGGGACAAGAACCGCGCGGCGGGAGGGGGUGCGCCGGCCCAGCAGGCGGCCGUGGCCAGCGGCGUUAACGCCAGAAACCCCUUUGCGCAGCGCAACGCAGCCCUUUCGCCCGACCCGGGAAUGCAGGCACGGCCGAGCCUAUCGAGCCAGAGGGCGGGGAGCUACCAAACGACGGCCAGCGCAGGAAGCAGCAUACAGGACCGGUUGAGAGGAAGGCUCGGAGGGGGCGCGAGGACGACGAGCCCGAGUAGCCCUGCGAGCCCCUUCUCGCCGCCGCCAUCGCAGGGAGGGGGCGGCGGCGGCGGAGGAGGAGGAGGAGGAGCAGGAAGCGAUGAUUAUGAUCCACGGGCCGGUGGUGGUUUGCCUAGUGGGCCGAGGAGGAUGGGUGGCUUGCCCAGUGGACCGAGGAUGAGAUAG